AUGAAUUUCCCAUCACGGUCCACAUCCCUCUCGGUAGUCCCACAGCCGGUGCGACGACCUUCCGUGAGCUCGAGAUUGUCGUCCGCUGUAUCCAUCGCCGAGCGUGGGGAGACCCAGGAUGGAGGGGGCAUAGCAGCGCAACAUCAAAUAGAGGAGGAGAUUGCAAAGAUUAAACGCUACGAGGAUGCAGCCCGAGAGCAGCUGCGUAGAAAGGCGCGAAGGAAACGACAGGCCGGUCUCUACGGCGUGGGGCGGUUUGACUGGAGGCAGCGGAUACGGGAAGCCUACGAUGCGGCCCAGGGCUGGAUUGUCGUCACUAUCAUUGGCGCCGCCAUUGGGCUGAAUGCCGGCUUGCUGAACAUCAUCACCGAAUGGCUGGCCGACAUCAAGCUCGGCUACUGCUCCACUAAAUUCUACCUAAAUGAGGACUUUUGUUGUUGGGGCGAAGAGAAUGCUGCCGUUCUCGUCAAGUCCUAUGCCCCUUACGCCGCGGGAUCGGGCAUUUCCGAGAUCAAGUGCAUCAUUGCCGGCUUUGUCAUGAAAGGCUUCCUCGGCUUCUGGACCCUGGUCAUCAAGUCUCUAGCUUUGCCCCUCUCCAUUGGAUCAGGGCUCUCCGUCGGAAAGGAAGGGCCGAGUGUCCAUUAUGCCGUCUGCACCGGCAACGUUAUCUCUAGGCUCUUUGCCAAAUAUCGCCGGAAUGCGUCCAAAACCCGUGAGGUUCUUAGUGCUUGCGCUGCUGCUGGUGUGGCCGUCGCCUUCGGCAGCCCGAUCGGCGGUGUCCUCUUCUCUCUCGAAGAGAUGUCGAGUUACUUCCCCCUCAAAACCUUGUGGCGCAGUUACUUUUGCGCCCUGGUUGCGACGGCAGUUCUGGCCGCCAUGAACCCCUUCCGAACCGGCCAGCUGGUCAUGUUCCAAGUCAAGUAUGACCGGUCGUGGCACUUCUUCGAGGUCCUCUUCUACGUCAUCCUCGGUGUAUUUGGUGGUUUGUACGGUGCCUUUGUGAUGAAAUGGAACCUCAGGGCUCAGGCGUUUCGGAAGAAGUACCUGGCGAACUAUGCCAUCCUCGAAGCAACACUGUUGGCUGUCGCCACCGCCAUUAUCUGCUACCCCAAUGCUUUUCUGAGGAUUGAAAUGACCGAGAGCAUGAAGGUCCUUUUUCGAGAAUGCGAGGGUGCCGAGGACUACCACGGAUUGUGCGACCCCAAGCACCGCUUCGGGAACGUCGUCUCCCUCAUCUUGGCCACCGUCAUUAGGAUCUUUUUCGUCAUCAUAUCCUACGGCUGCAAGGUCCCGGCUGGCAUAUUUGUGCCCUCCAUGGCAAUCGGCGCGUCGUUCGGGCGAACAGUUGGAAUAAUUGUUCAAGCAAUCCACGAAGCCAACCCGAAGAGCGUCUUCUUCUCUGCGUGCGAGCCGGAUGUUCCAUGUAUUACCCCUGGAACAUACGCGUUCCUCGGUGCUGCGGCGGCGCUCAGCGGCAUCAUGCACAUCACCGUCUCCGUCGUGGUCAUCAUGUUCGAACUGACCGGCGCGCUGACCUACAUCCUACCGACCAUGAUUGUUGUUGGCGUCACCAAAGCCGUCAGCGAACUAUGCGGCAAGGGUGGUAUCGCGGACCGCAUGAUCUGGUUCAGCGGCUUUCCAUACCUUGACCACAAAGAAGAACACAACUUCGGCGUCCCCGUCUCGCAGGCCAUGAUCGCCGACGUCGUCUCCAUUCCCUCCACCGGGAUGACACUCAAGGCCGUCGAACGCCUCCUCACAAAGGACAACUACCAAGGCUUCCCUAUCGUCGAAGACGACACCUCACGACUCCUGCUCGGCUAUAUCGGCCGCACUGAGCUCCGUUACGCCGUCGACCGCGCCAAACGCGAACGCACACUCAGCCCCUUAUCAAAAUGCACUUUUUCCGUCCCCUCAGCCGCGGCCACAACCACCACCCCCAACCCCCUCUUCACCACCUCCCCCUCCACCUCCGCCCCCGCCGCCCCGCUCGACUACGCCACCUCGGCCUCCACCACCAUCGACUUCACGCCCUACAUCGACCCCACCCCACUGACCGCCCACCCUCGCCUGCCCCUCGAAACGGUCAUGGAGCUCUUCCGCAAGAUCGGCCCGCGCGUCAUCCUCAUCGAGCACCGCGGCCGCCUCACGGGGCUCAUCACCGUCAAGGACUGCCUCAAGUACCAGUUCAAGGCCGAAGCCGCCGAGCACCUGCACACCCACCCGCGCGAGGGCGACCUCCGCCGCCUCGAGGAGGAAGGGCAGGAGCGCGUGUGGGCCAUGAUCAGGGCCGCGGCGGGGUGGGUGUCGGAUACGGUUGGGAGGGUGAGUGGUGGGCGGGUGAGGUUGAGGGAUUCGUGGGAGGGGGAGGAGAGGGAUCGUGAUUUUGCUGCUGCUGCGGGGGUGAGCGAGGGGAGAGGGAGGAAUGGGCAUGGUGGGAUAUUGGAUGGGACGGAGGAGGUGGGGGAUGAGGAUGGUGGGCUGGAGUUGGAGGAUCGGUGGCCCGGGGAGAGGCGAUAG